AUGCAGCUCAUCGUGGGCAUCGGAGGCGUGACCAACGGCGGCAAGACCACGCUGACCCAAGGCCUCUCCAGGGCUAUGCCCAACUGCUGUGUCAUCCACCAAGAUGACUUCUUCAAGCGAGCACUGAGCCGACGGCUCGGGCUCCGUGUAUUUCAGCCCCAAGACCAAAUAGCAGUUGGGAAAGAUGGCUUCAAACAGUGGGACGUGCUGGAAUCACUGGACAUGGAAGCCAUGCUGUCCACUGUGCAGGCCUGGCUACGCUGCCCCCAGAAGUUUGCACGGGCCCACGGGGUCAGCGUCCACCCCGACGUCACAGACACCCACAUCCUGCUCCUCGAAGGGUUCCUGUUGUACAGCUACAAGCCCCUGGUGGACUUGUUCAGCCGCCGGUACUUCCUGACAAUACCCUAUGAGGAGUGUAAGCGGAGGAGAAGCACCCGCAACUACGCGGUGCCCGACCCCCCUGGCCUCUUCGACGGUCACGUGUGGCCCAUGUACCAGAAAUAUAAGCACGAGAUGGAGGCUGACGGUGUGGAAGUGGUGUAUCUCGAUGGCAUGCAGUCUCGUGAGGCACUCUGCUGCCAGGUCCUGGAGGACAUCCGGAACUCACUGCUGAACCGCACCUAG